AUGAUUGCAUCGCAAAAGGGGCAUGUUGCCGUUGUGAAUUAUUUGAUACAGAAGGGAGCCAUCGUUACUGAAAGGAACAAUAACGGGAAGACACCUCUGCAUAUUGCCGCUGAAAGAGGGAAUGUUGAAACUGUAGAGUGUAUUUUCAAGAACCUAGCCAAAGUCAGUACAGAAGGAGAUUUGUGUCCCAAAAUUGCUGCGUCUAAUCUUUUUGUUACUGAGGUUAGAAAAGUAAGUUCUGCUCCUCAUUCUUCGAGGUGUUUUCGCAUUUUGUAUGUCGGAAGAGCGGAAGCGGCUUUAGCUAUUGCUUCGCUAAAUGGCCACACUAACGUUGUAAAAUAUCUAAUCAAAAAAGGAGCGGAUAUUAACGUGGAAAAUAGUGACGGGUGGACACCGUUGAUGAUGGCGUCAUACAAUGGGUGCUUGGCGGUUGCUAAGGUUUUGGUAGAGAAGCAUGCUGACAUAAGCAAAGUUAACAAAAAAUUGGAGACCGCAGUGCACAUCGCAGCGAAAAGUGGGAAGAUUAGCAUUGUAAGACUGCUGAUCGAAAGCGGUGGAAACGCUGAUGCGAAAGACAACGAAGGGGUAUAG